CCGUCUCAAUAUCUCUCCCUCUCUAUGGAUUUUGGUACUUUUGUCCGUCUCAGCUUGUGUUUAAAGAUAGUCUAUUGGAUUGGUAGAUUUUCUUUUUCCCUUUUGUUUCUGUUUUACCGUUUUGGCUUUGAGGAGUUGUGGGUGGUUUCGUGAUUCAAGCUUUGUCGUGAUGGGGAUUUUGUUAUGAACCCAAUUAAAUUGGGCUGGGAUUGAUGGGCCUCCUACUGUUAUCUUUUAUUUUAUUGAGUUGCUAAGUUGUUGUUAGUGGCCCAUGGGCCUAAUUAGUGUGAGUAAGAAUUGGCCCAUGGCCUUGGUUUGGUUGUGGUUGAGUUAGGGUUAUUGUCUUCUAGUAUAUGUAAUGGGAAGGGGGUCGUUGUUGGGGAUCGAGAAGAAUAUUGUUCAAGUUGCUUUCUGUUUUCAUGGAGGUUGAGUAUUCCUCAAAAAUACUCAGUUUAUUAUAAUAUAGUUUUCAUACAUUUCUCUACAAUUCACCCGAGUUCAUAUCUACAAUAAGAAUUUCCCAACGAGUCCAUUACAAGUGGUAUCUAGAGACAACGAUCUUGCUAUGGAGUUGAGUAAUGAAGAACUUUAUGAAUGUUUUCAGAAUUAUCACCGUGCACUCUAUGAUGAUUUCUAUAGAGAUCCUGGCCAAAUGGUGCUUACACUGAAGUCUUCCAAAGAGCAACAACAAGUGAGACACAGAGGAAUUCUUUUAGAAGAUGAUGUUAUGUUGAGAGAGACGACGGUAUUUGACGAUGGCUAUCUUCUUCUUGAUAUGAUGAGUGAAAAAUCCGGAUCAGAAGAAUUCACAAAAGUGGAGGAAAUUGCGACGACAGAAGAAAAUGGAGCAAAGAAUGAAGAUGUACUCGUGGAGAAGGGAAAAGAAAAGGCACCGGUGAUGGAGCUAGCCAAGAAAUCCAACCUUGGCUUUGAGAUAGCCAAGCAGGCUGGUGAGAUCCAUAAAUUUCCAAUCCAGGAGGAAGCAGUGGUGUCUGAUGCAGCUAAGCUCAAAGAAGCAGAGGACGGGUACACAGUGAGUACAAUGAUCGACGGCCACAAGCUUCACAUGAAUCCACACUCGGUUCUUCCUCGAUCUGGUUCUUCGGUUCUCUCCUUCAAUGUCCUUAUGGUGGUCACAGACGUUACUCCCAAAGAAAUCUCUCCUUCAUCUGAUAACCCAAAUCCGAAACCAACAGUAGAAGGAGAAAAUCGGGCAAUCAGUAUCCCUCCUAAGCCGCCUCCUAGCAAAGGCAAUGUCGCUCUUUGGCAUCAACAGCAAUCAACCACCGUGCAAUUAAUUCAAAGACGUUGCUAGUGGGAUUUGAGGGGAAACGAGCAUGGAAGUCUGUUCAAUUCGAUUUUCUCUUGUAGUACUCUAUUUACUUCCCAAGAAAGUGAGAAAAAUAUAAAAGAUUUUACUAGUCUUAUGCUGAUAUUCUUGCUUUGGGUUUGCCGAAAUGGUUCUUCCCCAAGGCUAGAUGAUAACAAAGAUGGGCAUUACAUGUUUGAGCUUGGAGAAGAUUUAACUUCUCGCUACAAGAUCCACAACAAAAUGGGUGAAGGUACUUUUGGACAGGUUUUGGAGUGCUGGGAUAGAGAAAAGAAGGAAAUGGUUGCCAUUAAAAUUUUCCAUGGAAUUAAGAAGUAUCAUGAAGCAGCUAUGAUAGAGAUUGAAAUGCUGCAACAAAUUGGUAAACAUGAUAAAGGGGGCAACCGGUGUGUGCAAAUACAGAACUGGGUUGACUAUAGUAACCAUAUCUGUGUUGUGUUUGAGAAGCUUGGACCAAGCUUAUACGAUUUUCUAUGGAAAAACAAUUAUCGCUCAUUUUCCAUUGAUCUAGUCCGUGAGAUAGAGGGUGAUGCUGCGAUGGAUAGCACAAAUGCCUUUACCUUUUCUCCGCAAUCCAAUUAUUAUUUUGACAUUAACACUGAUUGGGUUGAAGAAGCUUUGGAUAGGUUUGAUCAGUUCUUAUUUAAACCUUUGAUGUCAGUUGGUGUUACUACGAGGGAAUUCAAAGAGGGAGGGUUCCAGAAUAUAGACAAGAGGCGUGGAGGUGUUAAUAAUGGAAGGUACACGAGAUGUUUGGUGAAAGGCUUCAAGACCACGCUGUUAAUUGAUAUGGAUUUGUGCUUCAAGGGAAUUUCUACGGGUGAGUGGAUCAACUAUAUGUUUGACCAGAAUUUUGUGAAUUAUCAAAUCUUGGUUGUUAUCUUUGGGAGUAGUAAACAGUUUGAUAUAGUAUGAGAAUUGUUUCGAAGAAGACUUUUUAACUCUGAAGGUCAUGAAGCACAUGUGUAUUCCAUUUUCCCUCGUCAAAAAGAAAAUAUUCAGCUUAUAAUUUUUACUAUGGUUGAUGGGAAAAUUAAUUUGGUUCCAAAGAUAGUGAAGCAAAAUGCAGACCAGGAAAUUAAUGCUCAAAACUGGGAUUUAGAGAAUGCUACUGAAUUUGAAAGUGACCAUGUAGUUGUUGAGUGGCAAGAGUCGCUUUCAAAGAAUGGUAUUAAAUUGGAUGGAGGGGGGAAUAUUGCACCUCAAUUGUUUCAAAUAUUGACAUUUAGGAAUGUUUUGUGGUGGGAUGGAAUAAAUCUGCUAAAAGUCUGGAAAUGCCAUUGGAUAAAGAAACAAAUCUUGUGGCCCUUUGAUAGAGGAAAGGGAAAAGGAACGGUAGAAACGUGGGUGCCAGGUUCACUUUUGUCUUCUCAACACUCGAAACCAAGGUAUUUGCAGAAGGGCAGAUUGAUGAAGGCGGCAACUUGCAGUGUUCAUCCCAUGGUUGGUCAUUUGAUGGUUGUGGAUCUUGUGCAAGGAUCCCUCGAGCUCCAGCUGAAGGUCUUGAAGCUCGUGCUGUUAAGUCUUCAAGAGCAUGUGUUACGAAGUUCCCUACAAUGCAGUCACAUGGCCUACUCUUGUUUUGGCCUAAUGAGAAUGGAUGGGAAGGAGCACAAACUACCAAGCUUUCCAGGCUACCUGAUGACUUUGAUAACCCUGAGUUUUCAUUUGUGACAAGUCAGCACAUCUGUUCUAUGGCUAUGAUAUCCUCAUAGAGAAUGUAUCUGAUCCUUCCUACAUUGAUUUGCUCAUAACCAACAAUCUGCACUUGCUCAUCAAUACCAUAGAGUUGCAUCAACAUUUCAACCUUGAGGACAAGGUUCUUUAAAGGAGGAGAAUUUGUUAUGAACCCAAUUAAAUUGGGCUGGGAUUGAUGGGCCUCCUACUGUUAUCUUUUAUUUUAUUGAGUUGCUAAGUUGUUGUUAGUGGCCCAUGGGCCUAAUUAGUGUGAGUAAGAAUUGGCCCAUGGCCUUGGUUUGGUUGUGGUUGAGUUAGGGUUAUUGUCUUCUAGUAUAUGUACUGGGAAGGGGGUCGUUGUUGGGGAUCGAGAAGAAUAUUGUUCAAGUUGCUUUCUGUUUUCAUGGAGGUUGAGUAUUCCUCAAAAAUACUCAGUUUAUUAUAAUAUAGUUUUCAUACAUUUCUCUACAA